CAGUCACCCAUGGCCAGACCUGCCAGGUCCCAAAUCUCCUCCUGGGGAGGUGGUGUCCCUGCUGCUGGGACAGUUUGGAGCAGCCCAGAACUGCUGGGACAGCGGCCUGACAUGGUGGCCACCAGGCAGGCAAGACACUGGCAACCCGCGCUCAGCCUCGGAAAUGAUUGACCCAAGUGAGGUCCAUCACACGUCCAUGAUCUCCUGGGUCUGCCGCUUGCUGGCCAGCCCUUUGCUGGGGUCCAGGGCCGGUUCUAGUAACCAGGCUGGGUCCCCAGAAGGUCAGGCAGGAGUUGUUGCCUGGAGACCGCGUGGGACGCGGUUGCCUGGAGACCGCGAGGCGGCACCAGGCCAGCCCGCAGGGCGCGCAGGAGAGGCCGGCAGGACCUGCGCUCAAGGCCAUGGCGGGACGCCAGAGGGAGAAGACGGUCACGGAUGAGGUCCAUCAGAACCAGAUUUUGCGGGAACUGUACCUCAAAGAGCUGCGCACCCAGAAACUCUACACGGAGUAUCACGUGAAUCCCCUGCGCAAGGUUCACCCAAUAACCAGAAAGCCCAUGUCUUGGCAUGAUAACCUGGAGGAACCUGCAGAUGCCAAGUUUCUGAAUGUCAUUCACCAUGCUGCCCAAGGACCAAGGAUGAAGUACCCAGAGACAGAGACUGAAAGCCAGGAGAUUGGAUGGGACCCUGAGCCCUUGGUCAACCCAGAACGCCAGGACAACAGGCUGAACCACUUCAAGGUCUACAAGGACAUCACUCUGUAUAAGGCUAAAAUGUGGAGCCUGGGAGAAGAUGAUCGCCACAAGUAGCAUCCCAGCGGUGCUGCCAGUCCCUGUAUUUGAUGCCCAAAGUGUGCACUGCACAGAAAAAUCAAUAUUAGUUUCUAACUUGUCCUAUCCUGAGUCUCACUUUUCUCAUUUCUGCCAAGGCUGUUGUUUGAAGUCCUUAUCUUGUAAGCCAGUGUGAGGAUUCUACGGAAUGGCACAGGCUGUGUGGAGGUAAUUGCCUCCUUGGUCUUCCCAGACACUAAUAAAGGAUGAUAAGUGGAUUAAAAA